AUGAACUUAUUGUUGUUGCAGCACCAGGAGCAGGCGGAUGACGCGUUUUACAGCACCUACGGCGGCAGCAGCAACAUUCAAGAUGAUGGUGGUCAAGUGCAACAAGGCACUACCUAUUACAACGCACCAGUGGCUCACAGAAUCAGCAGCAGCACCGGCAGGUAUGCUUCAGAAGCUGCUGCUGCUGAUGAGCUGGCCCUUAUUGAAGUUGGCGAUGAUGCUAGAACACAUCAGCUGCCAGCAAGUGGUGGUUUUGCCAGUGGUCCUGCUCCUUCCAACUACAUCUCUUCAUCCUUCUAUAGUGAACCGCAGUCAUACCAUGGCUAUUUAACCUACCUUGACCAAGCCCCUGCUGCUCCUGACACUGGUGCAGAUGCAGGUGCUCAGCCGCCGGUCGGUCGAUUCACGGUCGCGCACCCGCAGGUCGUCAAGCGCCGGUUGGUCCAACCACCAGCCACGGCAGUCCUUGGUCUUGCCAAUCCCCAGCCCACUGAAUGGCGGUCCGGUCACCCGAUUGUCAGGGCACCCCGACAAUUGGGAUACCAUUCUGCUAACCAAAUUGCGGAAAGAAUCAGCAUGAUUCUUGUCACCCAAUUGUUUGAGUGCCCCAACAAUCGGGUGACCGGACCGCCAUUCAGUGGGCUGGGGAUUGGUGAGACCAAGGACUGCCCUGGCUGGCGGUUGGACCAACCGGUGCUUGACGACUGGCGGGUGUGCGACCGUAAUUUGACCAACUGGCGGAUGACCAGGUAUCACAUUUGUCAUUCCCUGAUGGUGAUGCACAACACCAACAGGGAAUUGAACAUGCUUUCAUUCGCAGAACAUCAGGACUCUGCUGUAUUGAUGUGGCCCGAGAUGACGAGCUAUGGUCGGGCAUUGGUAGCUGGUGGUGAUGCCGCAUCAACAGCAGCGGGUGCAUCGUCGUUGUUUGAUCAUCAUCAUCAAGUCCAUCACCAACAACGACAACAACAACAACAACAACAACGACGAGAAAAACCCUCGCCAUCCCCUGGUGUUAUUGAUGAGAGUAAUGAUGUUAAAGACAUCAAGGACGAUGGGCCGAGAACAAACACCAUCUUGGACUACAUGCCGAGUCUGGUCCAGCUGCGGCCCACCUUCGCAGCAGGGCCGGAGUGGCAGACGACGUGGAGGGACCGGGCCGAGUCUGCCCUCUCCAACGUGUUGGACGUCGACUACCACCUGCGGGACGUGCACAGCUACCUGGACAGCCUGUGGGGCAUGCGGAGGCUCAAGCGGUCUGCUGCUGCUUCUUAUUCGGAGCACAUGAUCAGGCCGCGGGACGAGGAGGAUGAGGGAGAAGGAGAAGACAAAGACAACCACAAGAAUACACCGAGUCAGCAGCCUUCUUCUUCUCUGCCGCGGCUGCUGGGCAAUGGCUGGCAGGGCACGUGGCUGCUGGGAAGACACAUGAUGGUGGGGCCAGCAUCAGAUGCGGGUCGUGGUGGUGCAGCAGUGGAGCCCAUCAACAGGUACGUGAGCUGA